AGGCUGCCAUCCUGCGCUCCGUCCCCACAGCCUUCCUUUUUGCUUCUGAGGGGAAAAGGGAGGCGAAGGAGAGUGGAAGGCGGAAGGGAGAGAGAGGGGGCAGAAGGGGAAAGGAUGCUGAGGGAGGGAAGCCGUCGGUGGGGCUCUGGCAGCACACAGGCCCAAGGCGGCCCUUCCUACGCUCAUGAUGACGAGUACCUGACCCUUCCAGAGCUUAGUAGUGCUUGGCUGUCCCGUUCGCUUCCAGAAGGAGCCAGAGUCUUGGUGGGGACAAUGCAGCCUGUCUGCCUCUGCUAAGCAAUUGCUGGCAAGAGGAGGAGGAGGAGGAAGAGAGCAGCAGCUGGAGGACCAAAAAGCCCCAGGAUUAUGUUGGCCAGCAGACCAUGCUGCUGAAACUCCAGCACAGACAGACCCAUGCCUGCCUUUUGCACCAGUAUGGGCUCUGCCUCGGGGGUGUCAUGCUCGUGGACAUCUCCGCCCUGCCGUUUGGAGAGGAACUGGAUGAAGCAGGAUGCUGAAUGGCAUGGCUUUUAUGCUUGAGCUUUGGCUACAGGAAGUGAAUUGUGGGGAAAAGCCAAAAUGAAAAUGCUUCCUGGUGUCGGGGUAUUUGGAACUGGGAGCACCGCUCGGGUGUUGGUGCCUCUGCUGAGAGCAGAAGGCUUCUCAAUUGAGGCUCUGUGGGGGAAAACUGAAGAGGAAGCAAAGCAGCUAGCUAAGGAAAUGGACAUUUCCUUCUACACAAGUCAAACAGAUGAUGUUUUGCUGCACCAGGACGUAGAUCUGGUUUGCAUCAACAUCCCGCCACCUCUGACCCGACAAAUCGCAGUGAAAGCUCUAGGGAUUGGGAAGAAUGUCAUUUGUGAAAAAGCUGCUACUUCUGUGGAUGCUUUCAGGAUGGUCACAGCUGCCAGAUAUUAUCCCAGACUCAUGAGCCUUGUGGGCAAUGUCCUGAGAUUUCUACCAGCUUUUGUUAAAAUGAAGGAACUAAUUGAAGAACACUAUGUGGGCAACAUUCUGGUCUGUGAUGUCCGAGUGUACUGGGGAAGCCUCCUCAGCCACAAAUAUAACUGGAUCUGCGAUGAGCUGAUGGGCGGAGGUGGCCUGCACACCAUGGGGACAUACAUCAUCGACCUUCUCACUCACCUGACAAACCGCAAGGCGGAGAAGGUCCAUGGUUUGCUGAAAACCUUUGUGAAACAGAACUCAGCCAUCAGUGGCAUCCGUCACGUCACAAGCGAUGACUUUUGUUUUUUCCAGAUGCUGAUGACAGGAGGCGUUUGUAGCACAGUGACUCUCAACUUCAACAUGCCUGGAUCAUUUGUCCACGAAGUUAUGAUUGUUGGGUCGGCAGGACGUCUUAUCGCACGCGGAACAGAUCUCUAUGGCCAGAAGAACACUGCUCCCCACGAAGAGCUUCUGCUCGCAGAUUCCAUGAAUGUCCAUGCAGAACUUUUAGAUAAAGGGUUCAAGGAUAUCCCUCUGUUAUAUCUCAAAGGGAUGGUAUACCUAGUGCAAGCACUUCGUCACUCCUUCCAGGAACAGGAAGACCAGCGCACCUGGGAUCCUAAGCCAGUUGCAAUGGCGGCUUCCUUUGAAGAUGGCCUCUAUAUGCAAAGUGUAGUAGAUGCUAUUAAAAAAUCCAGCCGGUCUGGAGAUUGGGAAAUAGUAGAGGUCAUCACUGAGGAGUCAGAUACCAAUCAAAACCUCUGUGAGGCACUACAGCGAAAUAACUUAUAAGAGAAAUUUCCCUCAAGAGCAGAACCAGUUGGGAUUGUGGAGAAAUCAAGGUGGAUUUGGGGGAGGAGAAAGAAUGGCCAGUUGUACUUAUGGGUAAAAACCGCUAACAAUAUGUUUUGGUUUUUAAACUAAAGUAGACAGUUUUAAGUGUUGCAAAUUUCUUUGUCAUUGGUUAUUUUAAAGUUAACUCUCAAUUUUAUACCAGUAUGGAAACUUGAAUUGCACUCAACAGAGCAGGCUCUCUGCCAUUAUAGACAAGUCAGUCUCCCUUCUUAGUAUGCAGCUAAUGCAACCUUGCAGGUUGUGUAUGGUGGCACUAGAAAUCCAUCUGUUUUUAGAAGAAACACAAGGUUUAUCUUCCAACAUUUCUUGAUAGACACUAAUUAAGUUAAUAUUAAAAUUUUGUCUUUGAAAGCAUUAGAAAGGACAGAACAAAGGUUCUAUAGUUUUGCCAUGUUAAUUUGCACAGAUUUUUAGUGAGGUAAGCAGGUUUUGUCAAGCCAGAAUUUAGAUAAGUUACUUUAGGGACAAAAUCUCCCAGAAACAUCCAUGUAAUACUCUGACUCAAGUAUUGGAUAGUGUUCCCUGCCCCUUUCGACCUGUAUCCUGUGCGAAACUGGUGCUGUUUGCAGAGCAAAUUUUAGUGUGCAGCGUUCAGAUCCUAGACAUGUUCUUUGUUUAGGCUGAAACUGAGAAGGUGGCUAACAUUUAUAUGAACUACAUUGUUUACUUGAUUUUGUUUAUGUUUUCCUACUAAGUUUUAAUCCUGCUCAUUAAUAUAAAGAAUUAAUAAGCAA